CUCCUCUCCGCUCCGCUCCAUCUCUCUCAACUCUCUCUCUCCCUCUCUCUUAUAUUGAAAUUGGCCAGGGUAGAACAUGAUCACAGAACACCGCUUCAGUAUUGCUGCACAUUGUCGGGCAUUUCGCAAAACCCGAUCACUUGAAACAGAAUAAGCAGACAUAAAGGAAAGGACUUCAGAGUCCCACAUUAUAUUUUUAAAGGUGGACCAACACUUUAAAAAAAAGACCGUCCGAUUGCGCGUGUUGAGCGUUGCAAUCUAGCUAGGUGUUUAAUAACUACAACAGUCUAACUACAGUAUCAAGUAGCUAUGCAUAUGCACGUUAUAAUGCGCGCGAGCAUUGGAUUAGUCGGUUUCUGUCUGGUCGCCUUUGUCCAACAGCCAGCUCGCGCUUCAGGAAGCAAAUCCACUCAAGAUGUGGACGAGUGUGCAGAGCAAAUUGACAACUGCAGCAUCGAUGCCAUCUGCCAGAAUACACUCAAGUCAUACAAAUGUAUCUGCAAGUCAGGCUACAAGGGGGAUGGCAAGCACUGCGAAGAUUUAGACGAGUGUGCGAGUGAGUACAACGGCGGCUGUGUCCAUGACUGCAUCAACAUCCCGGGGAACUACAGGUGCACAUGCUAUGACGGAUUCCGCCUUGCACACGACGGACACAACUGCCUCGAUGUGGAUGAGUGUUCGGAGGGUAAUGGUGGCUGUCAGCAGAUCUGUGUCAACAUGAUGGGCAGCUACGAGUGUCGCUGCAGAGAAGGAUUCUUCCUGAGCGACAACCAGCACACCUGCAUCCAAAGGCCCAAAGUGCGAUCAGAGGGCACCAAGGAGGGCCCCACCUGCAUGGAUAAGAACCAUGGCUGUGCUCACAUCUGCCGGGAGACACCAAAGGGAGGCAUCGCCUGCGAGUGCAGGCCUGGCUUCCAGCUCACCAGGAACAUGAGGGACUGCAAGUUGACCUGUAACUACGGCAACGGGGGUUGCCAGCACAUCUGUGAGGAGACGGACCACGGCCCCAGAUGUGCGUGUCACAUGAAGUUUGCCCUGCACACUGAUGGAAAGACAUGUGUAGGGGAGAGGAGUGUCCAGAACCAGGCAGCCCCACAGCUGUUCCCCAAUGAGACGUGUGCAGUGAACAACGGUGGCUGUGACAGCACGUGUCAUGACGCGGUGACCGGAGUCCGCUGCAGCUGUCCUGUUGGCUUCACUCUCCAGCCAGACCGCAAGACCUGCAAAGACAUUGACGAGUGCCGCCUGAACAACGGGGGAUGUGACCACGUGUGUCGGAACACAGUGGGCAGCUUCGAGUGCAGCUGCAAGAAGGGCUACAAGCUGCUGACCAAUGAGAGGACUUGCCAAGACAUUGACGAGUGUUCUUUUGACCGGACGUGUGACCAUUCCUGCGUCAACUCCCCCGGCAGCUUCCAGUGCUUCUGUCAUAAAGGCUAUGUUCUCUACGGUCUGGCACAUUGUGGAGAUAUUGAUGAGUGCAGUAUAAACCGCGGUGGCUGUAAAUAUGGCUGUGUAAACACUCAGGGCAGCUACGAGUGUACCUGUCCACCUGGAUACAAGCUUCACUGGAACAAGAAGGACUGCAUUGAGCUGGUGAAAUGUCUGCCUGGCCUAGCUCCCAAGACCACUCUGACCUGCAGUAAAACGGGCAAGAAAGAGAGCUGCUCCCUCACCUGCGCCUCCAAGGCUCACUAUCUGGCAGAAUCUGACAGCAGCUAUACAAUGAGCUGUGGCAUCCCCAUCCUUCGAGGCAAAACCCCAGCCAGACUGAACACAAGCAGCAGUCAGAGCUGCAUAGAGACAGGUGCACCUCCAGUGAAGCAGACUGCCUCUUUCAAGAUCAAAGAUGCCAAGUGCCACCUGCACCCCAAGCUGACAGGCCGGGCCGAGGACAGGGGCCGAGCGCUGGGGCCAGGUGAGGGGCCACAUCCGGCCUACAUGCCAGACCUUGGAGGUGGACAGCCCUGCAAUAACUGCCUGGUGACGUUUGUCAACCUCAAAUGUGACUCCACCAAGAAGUCCAAAGGGCGCCGUGCCCGCAACCCCACCAAUAAGGAAGUGACACGCAUCACCCUUGAGUUGGAGGCGGAAGUCAAGCCAGGGGACACCACAGGGAGCUGUAACCUGAGUUGCCUGCGCCAGCGCAUGGAGAAGCAGGUGAAGACGUAUAUCAAGGCCCUGAAGAAGUCGAUCAACCAGGACCGUUUCCUGAUCCGCGUGGCUGGGCUGGAGUACGAGGUGGCCCAGAAGCUGCCCCAGGUCGCCACAAGCCAUGAGAACUGUGGGCCAGGCCGUGAGAAGGAUAGCGGACACUGUGUCAGAUGUUUGCCGGGAUCAUACUACCAUGGGGAACAGGAGCGCUGUGUCCAGUGCCCACCUGGCACCUUCCAGGAGAGGGAGGGGCAGCUGGCCUGUGACCUGUGCCCUGGAAGUGACGGGCAUGGACCUGCCGGGGCACGCAACAUCUCCUCCUGCGCAGGUCAGUGCCCCACUGGGUACUAUUCCAGUGAUGGGUUUAAGCCAUGCCAGCCAUGCCCGUAUGGCUCCUAUCAGCCAGACCUGGGACGGACCUUGUGCUUCCCCUGCGGAGGGGGGCUGAGCACCAAGCGGGAGGGGGCCAGCUCCUUCCAUGACUGUGAGGUUAAAGUUCAGUGCUCCCCUGGCCACUACUACAACACUACGGUGCACCGCUGUAUUCGUUGCCCUCUGGGCAGCUACCAGACAGAGUUCAGACAGAACUACUGCAUUACCUGUCCUGGCAACACCACUACAGACUUUGAUGGGGCCACCAGUGUCUCUCAGUGCAAGAACCGAGAAUGCGGAGGAGAGAUGGGCGAGUUUACAGGUUACAUUGAGUCUCCCAACUACCCCGGGAACUACCCAGCUAACGUGGAAUGCAUCUGGAACAUCAACCCGCCCAGCAAGCGCAAGAUCCUCAUCGUGGUGCCUGAGAUCUUCCUGCCCUCAGAGGACGAGUGUGGAGACGUACUGGUUAUGAGGAAGAACUGGUCGGCCACGUCCAUCACCACCUAUGAGACAUGUCAGACGUACGAGCGACCCAUCGCCUUCACCGCCCGCUCCCGCAGACUCUGGAUCAACUUCAAGUCCAACGAGGCUAACAGUGCCCGAGGCUUCCAGAUCCCCUAUGUCACCUACGAUGAGGAUUAUGAACAGCUUGUAGAGGACAUUGUCAGGGAUGGAAGACUCUAUGCCUCUGAAAACCAUCAAGAAAUCCUAAAGGAUAAAAAGCUGAUUAAAACUCUCUUCGACGUGCUGGCCCACCCAAACAACUACUUCAAGUACACCACUCGGGAGUCCAACGAGAUGCUGCCGCGCUCGUUCAUACGCCUCAUAAGCAGCAAAGUCUCCGGCUUCUUGCGUCCAUAUAAGUAGUUGCCACACCAAGCUCGCCCCCUAAAGCACCAGAUCCCGCCCCCUCUUACAGGCCAAACACAGAACUCUCACAGGACUUUAAACAAGUUGACCAAAAUAACUAUUUUUUUCUUCUAUUUUUUCAUACUGUAGAGGCUUUGACGACACACUUCACUAUGCAGUCCCACAUGUUGAUCUUCUUCGUCUGUUUGGUUUUAAGCCAUUUCAUUUCCUCCAAAACCAUGCAGUCCAUGAAGUCAACCAACUUGAGUCAAAGUACAGUACAGGCUGUCUUUCUCAUCUCUUCUUUCUGAAUAUUUAUCACCACUACAAUAUGUUGGUGUCUUCGUUUUUUUGCUGUUUCUAUUAGCAUAUAUGACCUUGUAUGUCAUUUUCACAGCAAUCCCCAAUGCUAAGGAUGUGUGCGUAUUUCAGAUGACGCAUGUUAAGUCUGUGUUGACAAAAUGGACAACGGUAGUGGCAUUUAUGUCAGACAAGAAGAAGGAUGUUACAAGGGUAAUAUGUUUGUCACGUGUGUUUAGAGCUGGAACUGAGUUAUCGUAAAUGUGCUUUAAUAAAUAGUCUUUCACUUGAGUUCCAGCUUCAGCUCAAUCCAUUCCAGGACGAGUCUGUUUCGAUAAAUGUAUAACCUUUUGUAGAUCUAUAUCCUCCAUGAACAAUCCUCAAGGAGAAGGACCUGUCAGUUUCAUGUCAUAGUUACAUUCCACAACAUUCAAAGCCUUACUAUAUUUGAGCUCUUAGAGCAACUUCUUGUUAAGGUAUUACUGUUAAAACAGUUAUUCUAUGUUUUUUUCUUCUGUCCAGAUUGUAUAACUGUCUGUUACCUACGUUCAGACAUUUUCUGUUAUUCUAUAUCCAAGUUAACUUAACAAAGCGUAUACAAUGUAGUUUAUCAUUUUUUCCAGAACGUGAUGGACAUUUUGGAAAAUAAAUAGAAAACUAGAUUUGUGAAAGCCACAGGAGAGAGACAGAGAAAUGUCUCUAUGUCUCUGUGGACCAUGACUGGUGAGGGAGAGACAGAGAGACAUCUUAAUUAAGGGACACGCCUCUGUGAUACAGACAAUGUCUUUGUUGGACACGACUCUGUGAGAGAGAGACAGAGAAAUGUCUUUGAGGGACACGACUCUGUGAGAGAGAGACAGAGAAAUGUCUUUGAGGGACACGACUCUGAGAGAGAGACAGAGAAAUGUCUUUGAGGGACACGACUUUGUGAGAGAGAGACAGAGAAAUGUCUUUGAGGGACACGACUCUGUGAGAGAGACAUAGAGAAAUGUCUUUGAGGGACAUACAUUUGCUGCUUCUUUUAAAAAGGUCACUUUAAUUCUUCAAUCUCAAGUCCUUUUUCUGGUGUUUUCUGACCUCGCAUCACACUAAUAGUCCAUUGCUUUAAUACAGGGGUGUCAAACUCAUUUUGCUCCGGGGGCCGCAUUCAGUCUUUAACAAGGUCCGGAGGGCCGCAUUCAGUCUUUAACAAGGUCCGGAGGGCCGCAUUCAGUCUUUAACAAGGUCCGGAGGGCCGCAUUCAGUCUUUAACAAGGUCCGGAGGGCCGCAUUCAGUCUUUAACAAGGUCCGGAGGGCCGCAUUCAGUCUUUAACAAGGUCCGGAGGGCCGCAUUCAGUCUUUAACAAGGUCCGGAGGCCGCAUUGAAUUUAAAACAAUAUUUCCUUGCUGUCAAUCGGUUUAGGAAUUUUGAAAUUGUUUUAACUUUUAAGUUUUUACUGUUUUACUCAAACCACCCGCGGGCCUUAUUGGACCUCCUCACGGGCCGUAUGUUUGACACCCCCGCUUUAAUAUAAAAUAAAAUUGAGAGAGAUGCAUCAUAAGUAUAAAUAUAAUUUGACCACCUGUCCUCAUGUAAAUGAUAGUCACAUCACAUUUGUCUCUUCAUCCAUGGCCUACCAACCCAUUUUAUUCCAUUUUUCUUUCAAUCUUGUAAAUAAUGAAAAUAAAUUAGACGGGGAUUGAAUCCUUUUAAUCCUAAUUAUCUUGAGCAGGACCCCAAACUAUUUUCCAGCCAUGUCCUCUUCACCCUCUCCCUAAUCCAACUACCCCACCCCAGUCCCCUUCCUUCCCAAACGCCCAUGUCAGAUUCUGUCCCAAUAAGACCAGCUCUUCCAAAGACUGUCCGCACGGCAGGCCAAGUUUUAAUCUUGUGCACUAGAUCUAGAGCCUGUCAUCCUACCUUUGUUGUAUAAGUGCAAUGAAUUAAGUCUCCAUUGUGUUACUCCUCUCUCUGUGUCCAGAGAAAUACUAAAAAACAAUGUUUAAUCUGCCAACACAUAUUGAGAACAUAUUCUUGGAUUUCUUAAAACAAAAUUGUGACUGACAUUAGGGUUGUGAAUAAACUUCAGCAUCCCACUACAAUAAUGUUGAAAUACCAAUAUAGUUGAUCAAUACAAUAAUAUUGCAAUUGAAUUAUUGCUAACAAUUGCAUUGUCAAUGUAAAAGCUAAUGACAAUGAUUACAAGUAUUCCCCUCAACACUCUCAAACCCUCAUUGAAGACAAAUAAAUAUAUUACCGCUCAUAAAGAUCAUAUGGAUUUCCCUUGCAAACUCUGAUGGUUUGUUGUUUUUCAGUUUUUGUUGUAUAUAAAAGAGAAAAUAAACCGUGGAAACAGUACAAACUACUGUACACAACCUUUAGAUAGUAUAGUGUAGAUGUGCUUCUGGAUAAGGGAAAGGGAUUUUGACCACAUUGCUAAAUUGUAAGACAAGAGUGGUCUAGCCUUGCAGACCAGAGGUACUGUUUAAUACAAAUCACACAGAAUGGCAUAUCUGUAUCCCGUUGAAUGUUUCCAAAAAAAAGCCUAGCUACAUUUAUGGUUGUCUUAAGUUGCCAUUACUAUUUAUAUCAUCCAGUUUUUUUUCUCUAAAGCAUUUCGAUGUCAAUAGCACUCACUGCUCCCACCUACCCCAACUCACCAUUCCCUCCCUCUUUCAUCUUCCUCCCUGUCCCUGCAACCUGAACACGUCAGAUGUUUCUGUUUUGUAGCAUUUGUUUUUAAACAUGCGUUUGCUAUGAUGUAUCAUAGAGUUGAUAAUGGUAUUUGCACUUGAAAAUUGUUAUUUCUCAUGUAAAAAUGUCUGGAUUUUGUAUUGUCUUUUUAAAUGAAUGGAAUUGGUGUUCUUACAUUUCUUGUAGCUCUCGUUUGUUCUUUAAAAUGCUCAUUCACUGUGUUCAACCCAUAAAGAUGAAGAUGCACACGUACAUGUAACUUUAUCAACUGUCAAAAAAAAUGACAAAAUAAGUAAAAAAAAUAAAGAGUAUGUACAGAGGUGAAAUGAAAACACUUAUCAAAAUAAACAUACUGUAAUUGA